AUGAAGGAGUUGAUUAAUUUGCAUCAUCUUGAUGUGAGUGGAACUAAAAUUGAAGAGAUGCCGGUGCAAAUGGGUAGACUGAAAAGUUUGAGAACAUUGACUGCUUUUGUUGUGGGCAAAUCUACUGGGUCAAGGAUAGGAGAAUUGAGGGAGUUGCUGCAGCUUGGAGGAAAACUAUCAAUUUUGAAGCUACAAAAUGUAGUUGAUGCAAGGGAUGCACUGCAAGCCAAUAUGAAGCACAAGAAAGAUCUCAAGGAAUUAGAGUUUUCAUGGGGUGCGAAUAAUGUUGAUGAUUCCCAAAAGGAGAGAGAUGUACUCGACAAGCUCCAGCCUUGCGUGAAUUUGGAGAAAUUAACCAUCAGAUUCUAUGGUGGAACAAAUUUUCCGAACUGGUUAGGAGACUCGUCUUUCUCUAACAUACAAGUCAUGCGUCUCAGUGAUUGUAAAUAUUGUUGGUUGCUGCCAGCAUUUGGGCGGCUACCUGGUCUCAAAGAGCUCUGUAUAGAAAGCAUGAAAUUUGUUAAGACCAUUGGUGUUGAGUUCUAUGGUAGAAAUGGAGCUUCUCUCAUUCCACCAUUUCAAUCUCUGGUGAGGCUGGAGUUUAGGGAGAUGCCAGAGUGGGAGGAAUGGGUACCAAGUGGAGGUGAAUAUGGUCCAGACUUUCCUCGUCUCCAGGAGCUGAUUCUAAACAAGUGUCCAAAGCUGAGAGCAAGUUUGCCUUGUGAGCUGCCUUGCUUAAAGAAGCUUACGGUGUGUGGGUGUGAUGUUUUACAUGAUGGAAGGGCCACUACCACAACUACCAAUAGUCUUAACUAUAAAUCUCUUGAAGAAUUGGAAAUAACUGGUGGAUGCCAAACUCUGUUAUCAUUAUUAGAGACAAAGCUGCUGUCCCUACUUAAGAUUCAAAAUGUUGAUGAUGUACAAUGCUUGCCCAAUUGCAAUCGUCUUCAACGUUUGAUUCUUUCGAAUUGUCCAAUGCUGUCGUCAUUCCCUAAAGAUGGCCUAGCCACUACGUUGACAUGGCUCUCUAUAUACAAUUGUAGGAGAUUAGAAUUCCUACCUUAUGAGAUGUUGGCCAAAUUAACCUCGCUUGACUAUUUGUGGAUAGAGAAUAGCUGUGAUUCAAUGAGGUCCUUCCCGUUGGGCAGUUUUCCCAAAUUGACGACGCUUGACAUUUGUGAUUGUGAGAAUCUGGAAUCCCUUUCCUUGAUUGAAGAAGAAGGAGCUGUUGAGAAUCUCAGCCAUCUCAAUUACUUGCGUGUCUAUAAAUGUCCAAAAAUGGUGUGUUUUCACGAGGGAGAAUUGCCCACUCCCAACCUGAGUCACUUUGAUGUCGGUGGAUGCAAGAAUUUGAAGUCACUGCCCGAACGCCUUCACACCCUCACAGCCCUUCGAUAUUUGUCGAUGUGGAAUCUUCCGAAUCUGGAGUCAUCUGCAGAAGAUGAGGGUUUGCCUCCCAACCUCAGAUAUUUUUCCAUUGGGAAUUGUGAGAGACUGAGGGCUUCAUCACUGGGAGAGUACUGGGGUUUGCAAGCACUUGUCUCCCUUGAACAAUUUGAUAUUAGUGGAAGUGACCAUGUCUUGGAGACGUUGCUCAAGGAACAGCUGCUCCCUACCACUCUUCACACUCUCUGCAUCUCUUCAACUCUGAAAUCUUUGGACGGAAAGCGUCUUGGACACCUCACUUCUCUUCAAGUGCUAGAAAUUCGCAACUGUCCAACUCUGGAAUUCCUGCCAGGAGAGGAACUUCAACACCUCACUUCUCUUCAAAAACUAUACAUUUGGAGAUGUGACAGUCUCCAAUGCCUGCCAGAAGAGGGUUUGCCGCCGUCUCUUUCUCAUCUGUAUAUCAACGAAUGUUCUGCCCUGGAGGAAAGGUAUAAGAAUAAGACGGGACAAGAUUGGGCCAAGAUAUCUCACAUUCCUUGCAUCCAGAUAGGCAAGGAAGUGAUCAUAUAA